AUGGGCAGAUCGAUUGCCUCGGGUCACCGUCUCGGUGUCCAGCGAGGGCAAUCCCGCAAUUAUUGGCGAGACACAGUCGUACGAGGAGCUGGUGGACAACAACAGCCCGUCGGCAGUCUCCUUUUUCAACGCAACUGGCAAGCAGGACAUCAAGUCACUGAUGCACUACUCGUGCGGAAACACACCGUCCAUAGUGACCAUGCAGUUUGA